UUAUUGGUUCGUUGGCUCGUGAAGGAGCGGAAGCAGGCAAGAGACGGGUACAGAGGCAGAGAUGCGACGGGGACGGGGGCGUGGCGGACGGGGCAGCUGGGACAGGGCAGGAGAGAGAGACGGCGGGGAGGAAUUACGGCUAGUGGGCGGGAGGAGGAGAUGAGGAGAGAGGAGAGAGAACAGACGGAGGCGCGGGAAAGAGCGAUCACCAGACCCGCCGCGCCACCGCCCAAACAACACCCGCCACCCGCCGUCCUCCCCGCCGCCGCCCUCCUCGUCCUCCUCGUCCAGCGCACCCCGCCGCGGCCUGCCACGCGCGGGCCACACCGCGGACCCGCGUAUGCCGCAGCCAGCGCGCUGGCCACCGGGGCGCGGGCUGUGGAGCGCAUUUUCAUGGUUACUCAUCCGUGGUCCCAUGGGUGCGAGCGAACAGCCCCAGCCCUGCACCGGGUACGCGAACAGAUCGUUAUCGUCUGCCUUCCAAAGGGUCGCUGUCGGCGGGGCAGACCCUGGCCCGCGUGUGUCCCAACGACGUGCCCCAACAUCACUCCCACUCGCCCAUUGCAGUUCCGGCGGCAUCCUCGAUCACAGCACUCGCCAUCCUUCGCGAAGUGGGCCCACCGAGGUCCGCUCGUCAAGCCAGCCAAAAGCGAGGCCUUGGGACCCAAAUGACGACUGCAGGUCUGGCCCCGUAGGCAGACUCGGCCAUCUGUACCGUACCGGACGUGUGUAUAUUACCUGCUCGAUGUACUCGCAAAGUAGACACCCGUCUGCGACUGUGAUAAAGUGAUCUGCAGAUACACCGUGUAUGAUACAGUUGAGAGUGAGCGGUUCGCCUCCAUCCUCAUUCGCCACACGGCUGCUCGCAUCACGUGAUGUCUGCUCGGGCGACGUCGCUGCGCCCACCGCCGCCACCUCCG